GAUACAAACCGAAACACCGCAGAUUAAUACAUGAAUUGUCAAAACAUCAUAACAAGAAGGCUCGAGUUGUUGCUGCUUCCCUUAGGACUUAUCAAUCUCAGGGGGCGCAAAGCACCUAAUAUCUGAAGCAGCAAUGUACAAGUCAAGUCGGAAAAGGUCUCACUGAGACUUGCAAUGUCGAAAACUGACGGGAAAACACAAGAAAAGUAGGCAGUUUGUCGGCUUGUUUCAGAGUCUUCUCAUGAUAAUUAAGAAGUAUUAUUGCAAGUCGCAUCACCUCUGUCAAGAAGACCUCAGAUUUACAGAUUAUUUGUGGUGGGGAUUUGGUAAAAGUUUUGUUACUCAUAAUAAGUUCUGUGUAUUAACUUGUUUUUAAUUUGGUUGUUAAUAGCUAUAGUGUAUUCUCAAAAACCUUAACUCCAGUGCUCGUAAUGUUAAAAGUCAAGUGUGCAUUUAUUUUUAUAUAAACCUCUUGUCACAUUUAAGGCAUUAUUUGACCUUGCAAUGGAAAAAGAACAAGGAAUUUUAUCAGAACAUAGAGGAAGUACUGCCACCUUUAUUGGUGAAACAUUAAUUAAGGAAUUGUCUGAGAAAAUGACUUCUCAGCAUCAAGAUGAACUCCAUGAAAGAAUAAAAGAGAGGCAUCCUCAUAACAAGCCUUUUAGUAAUGCUGUUGUGAAAACUGAGAAAAUUGUAGAUUCUGAAGAAUGUUAUUCCCCGAGUUGUGAUGAAGGUGUGGAAGAUAGCAGUCAUUCUCAGGGGAGAGUCUGCAAUAAGGCUUCAACAGUCGAUGAAAAAAGAGUUUGUGAUGUUUCCCAGGGCCAGAAUGAAGUGGACAAAAAUAUCAUGAAAAAAGGAAGCUCUCAAAAUACACAUGAUCAAAUAACAGAAAAUGUUGAUAAGUCGUCUAACAGUGCACUGGGGUGUAAUAAAAACCAAUAUAUGGAAAGUUUUCAACAUAUGUUUCUCAGUGCAAUGGGCAGUACUGAAAAUGAUAAGAAAUAUCAAGAACUGGGGUCGAAGGUUAAAGUAAACAAGGAAUUUGUGUGUGGUGAUAAAGUAUUGCACAAAGAGAGAAGAAAAAGCAAAAGGUCUUAUUGUUGUUCUGAGUGUAAUAAGGAGUUCUUCCAUAAACAGACUUUAGUAAAACACAUGUUAACACACACUGGUGAAAAGAAUCAUAAAUGUGAGCAGUGUUCAAAACAGUUUUCUAUCAAGUCUAACCUGGUUAAACAUAUGCUUGUUCAUACGGGAGAAAAGCAACAUGUUUGCGAUAUAUGUGGUAAAUGUUUUGCACUAAAAGCAACUUUAAUAAAACAUGCUGUGGUACACACUGGUGAGAAAAAUUACGAGUGCAAUAUAUGUCAGAAAAAGUUUUCCUAUUCUUCUUGUCUCAAGAAACACAUGGUUGUUCACACAGGAGAAAAAAAUUAUAAGUGUGAGUUAUGUGACAGGGAGUUCUCGCAGAGAGCCCAUUUAACUGUUCAUAUGGUUAUUCAUACAGGAGUGAAAAAAUAUCAUUGUGACAUAUGUGACAAGAAAUUUUCUAGAAAGUCUGAUUUGAGAGUGCACCAAACAGUACAUACAGGCUUUAGAAGACACAAAUGCGUUGUGUGCAGCAGGGGGUUUUCUAUGAAGUCAAAUUUAAUGAAGCACAUGAGGAUACAUACUGGUGUGAGAAGUAAUCGAUGCGAUCUCUGUGGCAGUGGUUUCUUCCAAAGAUCAGAUCUAGAAAAGCACAAAGUUGUUCAUACAAAUGAGAAGAAAUAUGAAUGUCCAUACUGUGGAAAACUUCUCUCUCGGCAGUCGAGUUUAAAUAAACAUUUGUUGUUACAUUCAGUUGGUAGUAGUAUUAAGUGCUCUGUAUGUGGUAAAUCCUAUAUUUAUGAGGGGAAUCUGCGUAAACAUUUUGAGACUCAUAGUGGCCAAGAAGCUGAGAUGAGACCAGUAUUUGAGACAAUAUUUGUUGUUGAUGAGAAUGAAAAAGGUGCUCCUAGUUUGGAGACCCCAGAAAAUUAUAGGAGUACUCCUCUAGGAAGAGAAGAAAAGAACAGCAGGGCUGUAUGUCCAGAAUUAUCUGAAAAUGAUAUUAGUGAUGAUUCAAACACAACUGAGGAUGUCAAAAGCACUGUUAAGCAAGAUGUUUCUGAUUUAGCAUCAGAACACAGCGAGAUGUAUAAAGAUGUAAAGCCAUUUGUACUUGAUAUUAAACCUACUGUAAUUGAUGAGCCUUGUGUCACAUGAUUAACUGGUUUGAAAAAGUCUGGUGCAGUCAACCAUGAUGUAAUGGAACGCUGAGCAUUUACUAAGUGUCCUUUGCAGAGGUCUAAAGCAUGAUCCUUCAUAAGGCUAAUGAGUGUUAUCUAUUCACUUCUAAAGCUUAACUGAAGACAAUUUUUCGCAACUGUACAUGCAUAGGCAUAAACUUGUUACUGAAAAUUAUUAAAUCCUGCAACAGACCAGUAUAUAAGCCCAUAAAAGACAGUACUACGUAUACAGUAUUUUUGUCUGACCUACAGUAGUAAUAUGGAUUUUGUCAAGAACAGAACAACUCUAACAGUACAGUAAAGUCCCAUUAUUAUUAUUACCUAUAUUAUUCAGUAGAUGAAACAUAUUCAUAUGGAACAAGCCCACAGGGGCCACUGACUCGAAAUUCAAGCUUCCAAGCAAGCAAACCUGUGAUUCAGUGGGCUAAUUCCAAUCUUGCCACUAUCUACCUUUCAUGUUUACAUAGAUAAAAGCUGCCAUAUUGAAAGAAACUGUGAGCGAAAGUAGUAGUGUUGUGAAAUGUUUUCCUCUUACAAAAAUGGAAAAUGUAUUCACUGUCUGGAGGAAAAAUAUUUCCAAGGUUUGGCACUGCAUUUUAAUCUUGAUACAGUAUUUCACAAGAGAUGACAGUUUGUAACAUAUUCUUCAAGCUAUCAUAAAUUCUUGUCAAACUUAAUGGCUGUUUUUAUUAUACAUUACAUUUGAUUAUGUCAAGUGUUAUUUUCAUAUUUUUUCUUGCAAAUUACCCUUUAUAAACUCAAUAGCUUGUUUUACAGUGUAACAGCUUUCUGGUUUUUCAGUUAUUAAAGCUAUUACUUCCCUUA